AUGUCUCAGAGGCAACGCCUACCGGUCUUCAAGCAGCGGGAGGAGCUGCUGCGAGCUGUGCAGCAGAGCCAGGUGAUUGCAGCAGAGCCAGGUGCUUGUGGUGUCGGGAGAAACUGGCUGUGGGAAGACCACCCAGUUACCCCAAUUCAUCCUGAAGAGAGAGAGAGGCAGAGGCGCACAGACGAUGAUCAUCUGCACCCAGCCCCGGCGGAUAUCCACCACGUCGGUGGCAGCAAGAGCGAGACAGGCUGUGGCAAAACCACCCAGCUCCCGCAAUUCAUUCUGGAGAGUGAGAUAGAAGCAGGCAGGGGCUCACAGACCAUGAUCAUCUGCACCCAGCCCCGGCGGAUAUCCGCCACGUCGGUGGCGGCGAGGGUGGCGGCGGAGAGAGGCGAGGAGGUGGGGGGCAGCGUGGGGUAUCAGAUCCGGAUGGAGAGCAGACGAGGGGCGAGUACGAGGCUGCUGUUCUGCACGACUGGGGUGCUGCUGAGACGACUGGUGCAACAACCAGACCUAGCUGGCGUCUCCCACGUGAUGGUGGACGAGAUACACGAGAGGGGAAUGAACGAGGACUUUCUCCUCAUCAUCUUGAGGGACCUGCUGCCGCGCCGCCCCGACUUGCGCCUCGUGCUCAUGAGCGCCACCAUCAAUGCGGAAUUGUUUUCGGAGUACUUCAACAAAGCACCGAUGGCACACAUUCCGUGGCGCAUGGUGUUGCCAUCGCACUUGUUCCGCCCCGACCUGCGUCUCGUGCUCACCUCGUGCUCACCUUGUGCUCACCUCGUGCUCACCUUGUGCUCACCUCGUGCUCACCUUGUGCUCACCUCGUGCUCACCUUGUGCUCACCUCGUGCUCACCUUGUGCUCACCUUGUGCUCACCUUGUGCUCACCUUGUGCUCACCUUGUGCUCACCUCGUGCUCACCUUGUGCUCACCUCGUGCUCACCUUGUGCUCACCUCCACCACCAUCAACACGGAGCUCUUCUCCGAGUAUUUCAAUAAAGCUGCCAUGGCGCAUAUUCCUGUGAGUGAGUGCUGUGGUGAUGCCUGUGGGCCCACAACCUUCAACGCGGAGCUGUGCUCAGAAUACUUCAGUAAGGCCCCCAUGGCACAUAUUCCGGGUUUCACCCACCCAGUGCAACAGCUGUUCCUAGAGCACGUGUUGGAGCGCACGCGCAUUCCCAUCCGGGACCAGGGCCAGCAGGGAGGAGGAGGGUGGUUCUCAAGAGGAGGAGGAGGGGGAGGGCGGGGGUAUGGGCGGGGGAGACGAGAGAGGAGUGCGAGUGUGGCGAAGAAAGACCCGAUCUCAGAGGCAUGGGAGGAUGUGGACAUAUGGUCGCACUACUCUGCCUUCUCCCGACCCACCCAAGAAUCCCUUUCCAACUUCUCACCAGACAAGCUAGACAUUGAUCUAGUGGCAUCAGUCGUGGAGCAUAUAUGCCGAAACGAGGCUGAGGGGGCGGUGCUGGUCUUUUUGACUGGCUGGGACGAGAUUUCGAAGCUGCUGGAGGCUCUCAAGACGAUGCCUGUCGUCGGGCAGUCGUCGAAAGUUUUGCUCCUGCCCCUGCAUGGGUCGAUGCCGACGAUUCAUCAGAAGGAGAUUUUCAACCGCCCGCCCCCUGGAGUCAGAAAGGUGGUUCUGGCGACCAACAUAGCGGAGACCAGUAUCACCAUUGACGACGUCGUUUUCGUAGUGGACUGCGGAAAGGCCAAGGAAACUUCCUAUGACGCUCUGAACAAGCUGGCCUGCCUGCUCCCCUCCUGGAUUUCCAAAGCCUCGGCGCACCAGAGGAGGGGGCGGGCGGGGCGCGUGCAGCCGGGAAUUUGUUUCCACCUCUACCCGAAGACGGUUUAUGAUUCGCUGCUGGAGUUUCAGCUGCCCGAGAUUCUGAGGACGCCGCUCCAGGAGCUGUGCUUGCAGAUCAAGCAUCUUGGGUUGGGGCACGUGCAGUCGUUCCUCUCUAAAGCAAUGCAGCCACCGGAACCGCUGGCUGUGCAAAACGCGGUGCAGCUUCUGGAAACCAUUGGAGCAUUCACCCCCGAGGAGCAACUCACCUCCCUGGGGUGCCACCUGGCCGCCAUUCCCGUGGAGCCCCGCAUUGGAAAGAUGCUCAUAUUCGGGGCCAUAUUCAACUGCCUCGCGCCAGCCCUCACCAUCGCUGCCUCCCUGGCAUACCGGGACCCCUUCGUCCUGCCACUUGACAAGAAGGAGAUGGCGGAUGCAGCCAAGAAAAAGUUCUCAAAGGAUUCGAGAAGCGACCACAUCGCACUGCUGAACGCGUUUGAAGGGUGGAGAGCGGCCAAGAUGCAAGGGCAGGAGCGCAAUUAUUGCUGGGAUAACUUCCUCUCUGCUCCGGUGCUGCAGAUGGUAUCAGACAUGCGAGGGCAGUUCCUGCAGCUGCUCAGUGAUAUCGGCUUCUACGACCCAAGAUUGGGGCUCAAUGAGUACAGCCAGCUUGCAUCGGACCAAGAAAUGCUCUCCGCUGUGAUCUGUGCGGGCCUCUACCCCUCUGUUGCUCAGAUCCGGCGCCAGGGCAAGCGGUUUGUGUUCUUCACCAAGGACGAUGGCCGCGUGGAGAUGCACCCUUCCUCAGUCAACGCCUUCUGCCCUUCCUUCUCCCGCCCGUGGCUCGUCUACAACGAGAAGGUCAAGACCUCAGACAUCUUCCUCAGGCACUCCACCAUGGUCUCUGAUUUCGCCCUCCUCAUGUUCGGAGGCAACCUUGAGCCUGCCCCUGCUGGGACCCUCCUGGCUCAAGGGAUAAGACUUACUGUGCUCCAUCCUUCUCCACCCCUCUCCACCCCUCCCAGGGACUCCACCAUGGUAUCUGAUUUCGCUCUCCUCAUGGACUCCACCAUGGUAUUUGAUUUCGCCCUCCUCAUGUUCGGAGGCAACCUUGAGCCUGCCCCUGCUGGGACCCUCCUGGCUCAAGGGAUACUACUUACUGUGCUCCACCCCUCUCCACCCCUCUCUACCCCGCCCAGGGAUUCCACCAUGGUCUCUGAUUUCGCGCUCCUCAUGUUCUGGCCAACCUCGAGCCCGCCCCUGUUGGAACCCGGCUCAAGGGAUACUUACCGUGCUCCACCCCUCCCCACCCCUCUCAGGGACUCCACCAUGGUCUCUGAUUUCGCGCUCCUCAUGUUCGGAGGCAACCUCGAGCCCGCCCCGGCCGGCCGCACGGGGUUUGACAUGCUGGGGGGUUACCUGCACUUCGGUGCUUCUGCUCAGACGGCGAAAAUGGUGCUGGACCUGAGGCAGCAGUUGGAUUCAUUGCUGAGGGAGAAGAUCGAGAACCCAUCUCUGGACGUGCAUGCACAGGGGGAGAGGGUUGUGGCAGCAGUCCGCAGCCUCCUCUCCUCCCAUUUCGCUCACAUCUUUUCCCUCAUCCCUCCCCGCCCUCUCCCAGGACCUGCGGCAGCAGCUGGAUUCGCUACUCAGAGAGAAGAAAGAGAACCCAUCCUUGGACGUGCAUGCACAGGGGGAGAGGGUCGUAGCAGCAGCAGUGGUUGCAGCGGUGCGCAGUCUCCUGGGAAGGACCUGAGGCAGCAGCUGGAUUCGUUACUUAGGGAGAAGAUCGAGAACCCAUCUCUGGACGUGCAUGCACAGGGGGGGAGGGUUGUGGCAGCAGACCUGCGGCAGCAGCUGGAUUCUCUACUCAGAGAGAAGAUCGAGAACCCAUCCCUGGACGUGCAUGCACAGGGGGAGAGGGUCGUAGCAGCAGUGCGCAGCCUCCUCUCCUCACCCCACGCGGAUUCGCUCCCCCCUGGGGAGUCUGGAGGUGGGGGAGGAGGGGCUAGGGGCGGCACCCUUCCAACAGUGACUCCUGCACCUUUUCUUCUCGUUGAACAGUUUAUAACCAUGGCGUCUGCCAUUUCUCCAUGCCUUCUCUCAGGCCGAUCUCUAGUGCCAGCGCAUCGUGUUCGCUAUGGCGCGCCGCUCUCGGCGCCUAGAGAUUUCCGUUUCACGGAGCAACGCAGGUUCGCAGACUUCUCCGUGCACGCGAAAAAGAAGAAGUCCAAAGCUCCUGUAGAAGAGCCGAUCGGGAAGAAUGCUGGCCUCAACCAGAGCAUUGACGAGUUUUUGCCCGACAAUAAGGACGCUCUGACUUCCAAGGAGCUCAAGUCGCUCGAGAAAAAGUUCAACUUCAGCUCGGAUGAGAUUCUUCGCAAGUACAUCCGUUACGUGAUCAAUGAAAAGCCCUUUACCCCGGAGACGGUUUCCGGCCUGAUUCACCUUCGGAAAGUGUCUGGUCUUGAUGACCUUGGGAUUGCCGAGGUGCUCAACGAGAUCUCUCGGAGAAUCGUGAAAGCCAAAGGUCCUGUUGUGAUGGAUACAACUGGUUUCACUGAGAAGGGAGUGCAGAGGAAGGCAGCAGUACAGGGGAUAUUCACAAAGCUCCUCUACUUGUCUGAGGUGCGUAGUGUUCUUGCAUGA